AUGACAAGCAAAGUCUUCGUCCUUCUCUUCUGGCUUGCUUUGUUCCUUCUUCAGGUCAACUGUGAUCCGGCUAGUCUUUCUUUCACCGAUUGUUUUGUCCCCAAUGGAAACAACACGGCACAAAAACUCUCUGUUUCAACGGUGUACGGCCAAGUCACACAAGACGAGCUACCUGUACAGUAUUUGAAUCUGACUGUGCUUGGGACAACUCCAGCAGAGAUUCAAAACUCUGCCAAUGGAAGUGGAGAACUUUCUACUCUUUUUACGACAACUUCAGUACUGACACUCAACGCUUUCACAAACAGUUCCAAAUUCUGCGAAACGCUGCGCCCUCCAUCUCCUCUUACAUCUCCCGGUGAUGAUUACAAUAGCUCCUACUAUUGUCCAAUACCGAUAGGCGCAUUUGCAUUCUCAUCCAGCAUUGCCUGGGGAUCUCAUCGUUCUCUGACUACACUCAACACCAGACUAAGCGCGGUCGAUCCAUGGGGUACCGAACUCGUUUGUAUCGAAGUAGAUACCACACCACUUUCACCAAAACCUCACAAUCCGUAUGGUGCCGCAGUAGCAAUAUUUUGGGGCACAGUCGCUAUCACAAUUGCUUACUGGCUCUUAGUCGGGAUAGCGCGGAUAGUGUCUGCCUGGGGCCGUGGCUUAACACGACCAGGGCGAAAUCCUUGGGCUCGAGCGCAAAGUGCAGGCUAUAUUUUGGCUAGUGCCAUCAGCGGAGAGCGGCUCACAACUACUCCCGCUUUGCUGCGAUUCUGUACGCCGUCAAUGAGGGAUCUCAUCUUUCAGGCGCAGUGGUGCGCCGCGCUUUCAAUGGUUGCUGUCCAGUGGCCUUCAUUCGCAUACCCAUUGCUGAGCCAGGCUGCAUGGUCAACGCUUACAUAUAAUAUCAGCAUAUCUACCAACGAGCGAUGGAAUCCGCUCUCAACCGCUUUAUAUAACCCUCCGUCUAAUUUCUCUGACCAACUCUCUGACAGCUCAUCCGUCCUAUACAUCGACCCAAAUGCUCCCAAUGUUCUUUUCAUGCUUCCUGAUAAUGCUACUUCCGGAAUCUCAUCAUUUGCGUACACUGUUGGUGUACCUCCACAAGAGUUGUUUGGCAUCUGCCUCACCCUUUUCCUCGCUAUCAUUGCUGGGACUAUAGUCCUCUCUCUCGCCGUAUGGUUCGUGGAUCAUGUCAUCUACCUCAUCACGGGGGUACUUUCUGGUGACUCGUCUUCGGGACCAGGCAUAAAAAUGUCUGGAGCACGUAGUCCUGGUUUUCCUACCAAAGACGUAGAUGGACCGAGUGAAGAAAACAAAUCCUUGAACAGUCGAGAUCUGUCCGCCAUUAUCCGACCUCCGUCGAGAUUUGGUUUCGGACCUAGUGCUCCUAGUGGAUGGCGCAGGUGGUGGCGUGCACGUACUUCCCAUUCGGCUUUAAGCUCAUUCCACGGCAGCGUACUGCAUGGCAAUCUUGUUCGAGUCCUCGUCCUUUUCCAUCUUCCUGUCACCAUUUUUUCAGUGUAUCAAAUGACCCAGCCAUCUUCUAUAGCAUCAUUGACCUCAAGAAUUUUAGCCGGACUUUCAUUCGCCCUUAUAUCAUGCCUAAUUCCUGCGAUACUUGUCCUCCGCGUGCGGCUCACUGCGACGAAUAAGUUGUAUGAGGAAACUCGAACGUUACUGUUCUUGGGACCCUUGUACAAUCACUAUCGUCAUGGAUCACAAAUGUUUGCUUCGUUGCUCUUUGCUACUAAUCUAGCAAUCGGAGUGACUAUUGGUGCCGGUCAAAAAAGCGGAACUGCACAGGCCAUAGUAAUCCUGGUGGUCGAGGUUCUUUCUGCGCUGGUAACGAGUGUGUGGCUGCCUUGGGGCACCGGAGCGAGUAUGGGUUUGAUCAGUUUCUUGUUUUGCGUGGCGAGAAUCGUGAUUGCGGUGUUACUGGUAAUUCUAGCUCCUGCGAUCUCAGUUGGAGUGGGCCCAGAUGCCUGGGUUGCCUACGGCAUAUUGCUUAUUCUUGCCUUAAUCUAUGCAUCUCUCGCACUCAUGCUGGCCGUUAAAAUUCUCGAGGCCAUCGUUCGUAUCGUCGGCGGAGUUGCUUUCGAUCGUUCCAGGCAUGUCGUUGACAGUGGUCUUUUUGGUGCCUGCGGUUUACUGGGAUGUUGUGGAGGGCCUCGUAAAAGCUCACGUCGUGAUAAGCGCAGUGGAAAAUCUUCUGACAGAAUAGGGUAUUCUCAAGCCGAAUCAGCACCUCGUUCUCCUCAAUCAGAUCUCUCGUUUCCACCCACGAUUGCGGUCGGGACUGGCAAAGGCUCCAUCCACUCAAGUGGGCCGCCGCCUUCCGUUUUAAAACCCGAACAUGCGUUAAGACCUUACAGAGAAGAGAGCGAUGAUGAAACAGGUUAUAUCAUGGGUGCAUGGCAGCCUUUCCAGAAUCGCGCAUCGGGAUAUAUACCUGUCGCUGAUUCAGGCUCAACAAGUGCUGUCCCUCCGGCCGCAAUCAAGAGCUCGGGCUUCUCCCGUGUAGCCGGAGGAAGGGCACACAUCGAUUCACCAUAUGCAAUAUCCCAAGAGCAAGCAACAGGGUCCACGCAUACUUUCCCUUCCAUAGGACACCGGAACGCUGCUAAUCAAAACGCCACCGGUAGCGUAGGAGAGCUAAGUUUAUCCAGACCCAAACUCGACGAAUCUCCACCACCUUCCGUUUCUUCCACUGUCGCUCUGGGUCAAAGACAGCUCCAUGAAGGGUCGAGUGGACUACCACCCGGUGCAAUGCUGCCUUUCCAUUCCCGAAAGAAAUCUCAAACAGCCAUCAUCGAAAAUGUGGACGCUGUGCCAGUUGCAUAUCGGCCUGCUGGUUCCUCCGCUUCUAACAGCGCUGGAACAUCUCGUCCGCCUUCGCGUUCCAAUCGAUUUGAGUCUAUCGGAACAUCCCCCGCUCCUCCAACUGCCUAUCGGAGAAGAAGCGCCACUGUUGAAAGUGAUGACGAUAGUUCCUAUGGGCGUUCGAAGAAGAAAUGGUAUCACCUCCGUAGGAGUCGUGCGCAUAGUACGGAAGGCUAUCCAGCCCCAGCAGCUGCUGAAAACGUAAAUUCGUCACUGGCGCCUCCUUCUUCGUCAACGCCAGGGAAAUCGUUUGUCGUUAUUCGGAAGCAGCAGACGUCCCCUGCUAGAUCUCUUCAAGUAGCCAGUGGAUCAGGCUCAACUCCUGCUACGCCGACGCCCAAUUCUGUAUCCUUUGCCAAGGAUGUCGGCGGAGGCGGGACUUAA